ACGACCAGCCCAGAACUACUCUGAGAAAAACAAUCUGUUUAUUUUCAGCCAGAACGCGCCUUCAAUGUUAAAAGUUGUGGGGUUUUUUUCACGGUUGGCCUACACGUUUUUUAUUCUCCCCGAUGCAUGAAAGCUAUUUAAAGUAAACGACGGUAAAUGUACGCUCCACAGCCCACAGCUCCGUUGCCACAUCUUAAACAACACAGACCAACUACACGGUUUCAGCCAAUGACGAAUCAGAGUGAGUGCGCACUCUCAGUGACGAGGACCAUGGAUUGGAGUAGUGACCUACUCGGCGAAACAAACUUUUAGUAUUUUUUGCGAGACUUUGGGCCAAAACGGAGCCGGCGACUCUGGAGAGUCAUGGGGGAGAUGGAGGGUUCCUACCGGGUCCUGCAGACCCCCGGAACACGGCUGGGAGCCCAGUUCAACGCUGGCAUCAGCACUCUGGAGCCUGGCCAGAGCCUCAGUGGUAACAUGGUCAGCGGGAGCAAAAGCCAUGGGCGAGGCAUACAGAUUCGCGUUUAUGGCCUGGACGAUUCCCAGGAGUUCUUUGACAUAGAUCCAAAGGCUCUUGGACAAGUCCUCCUUUCUGAGGUUUUCCACAGAGGCAACAUCAUAGAGAGUGAUUACUUUGGCCUUGAGUUUCAGAACAUGCAGAUGAACUGGGUUUGGCUGGAACCCACAAAACCUGUCGCAAAACAAGUCAGAAGACCGGCCAAUACACUGUUUAGACUGUCGGUGAAAUUCUUUCCCCCUGACCCUGGUCAGUUGCAGGAGGAGUACACGAGGUACUUAUUUUCCCUGCAGAUGAAAAGAGAUCUGAUGGAGGGCAGGUUGAUCUGCACAGAAAAUACUGGAGCACUGCUGGCCUCUCACCUUGUUCAGUCGGAGAUUGGCGAUUAUGAUGACAUAGCUGACAGGGAGUUCCUAAGGGUAAACAAGCUCCUGCCUUACCAAGACAAAGUACAGGAGCGAAUCAUGGAGUUCCACCGCAGGCACCUUGGCCAGACUCCUGCCGAAUCGGAUUUCCAAAUCCUAGAGAUUGCCCGCAAACUGGAAAUGUAUGGUAUCCGCUUCCACCCAGCAGCUGAUCGAGAAGGCACCAAGAUUAAUUUGGCUGUUGCUCACAUGGGGCUCCAGGUUUUUCAGGGCAAUAUAAGAAUAAACACAUUCAAUUGGUCCAAGAUUCGCAAACUAAGCUUCAAAAGAAAACGUUUUCUUAUCAAACUGCACCCAGAAGUCCAUGGCCCUCAUCAAGAUACACUUGAAUUUAUGAUGGCUAGUCGAGACCAGUGUAAAAUCUUUUGGAAAAUCUGCGUAGAGUAUCACUCAUUUUUCCGCCUGUUUGAUCAACCGCAACCCAAAUCCAAAGCAAUCCUCUUCACUCGAGGUUCCUCCUUCCGAUACAGUGGAAGGACUCAGAAGCAACUUGUUGAUUAUGUCAGGGAAAACGGAUCCAAGAGAACCCCUUACCAAAGGAGGAACAGUAAAAUAAGAAUGUCUGCUCGCUCCUUCACAACAGAUGUGCCAAAACCGAGCUUGUCAUUCAACGAUAGUUUCAGGACCCAAGGCUCCCCUUCCUCCUCCUCUGUGUCCUUCCAUCCAGCGCAUAUGACUAGCAUUCUUCCGCAAACAAAACUGCCAUCCCAACCCCAACCGUUGUCGACACUGUCUCCAGCACCUCCCAAGCAGCAGCAGCUUCACUCCCCUCUGCAAACUACUAGACCUCCCAGCCCUCCGAAGGAAGAUCUCAUCAAGGCUCCUUCCCCACCACACUACUCUUUUCAAGGUGCCCCAAGCAAUCAGGCAGCAGGACACUGCAGCCCCUUGUUUGUGUGUGUAGAGAGUGGCAUUUCAAAGUUGCAAGCCUCCAAAAAUGGCAAUAAGGAUAAUGAGUGUGGUGGGAGAAUGGGAACUGGGUGCUCAGUGGAAGGGGGUGGAGGGAAAAUGAAGGGGGUUCUUACACCUGAAGCCUUUCAAGCAGAGAUUCUGCGCACAAAACAUAAUCCCAUAUUCUCAAUUUCCAGCUCUCCGCUGCAGGUCACAGAGGAGUUCAUUGAUGAUGAUCCCACUCAAAUAUCUUUUUAUGGUGGAGGGGCGGAGGCCUACUCUUACGGGCUUAAUGAUAAAGUUGAUCAGUUUGAUUUUGGGGAGGGUUCAGACCUCAGCAGUAAUAGGAUAGUUAGUGUGGGGAUAGAGGACCUGAAUGGCAAUGCCAGUCCUUUCCAAGACAGCAUUGUUGGUCACUCUGAGACCAGUUCUUUAGUAAAUAACCGCUCAGGGUGCAGCUCCUUGGACAAUCUUGGGCUGAGCUCUGCAGGAGAAUCCAUGUCAGUGGGGUUUGGAGGCCCAGAUUCAUCCUCCCUUCGACUUCCAGGGUCUGACAUCCAGUCAGAGGCCAGCUCAAUGGUCAACUUCCCAGCAUACUCUGUGCGCUCUGAGAGCAGCUCUGCCGUACAGUUCAGUGACCUGGUUGAGCAGCUGGAACAGCUCAGCUACCCACCCACUGCCACCGAGGGCUCGGGGAAUGGCAGUUUCGAUUCAGACUCAGACUGGGGUUCCGACAGCGUCCUUCCCCCAGAGCAGAAUCUAUUUUAUAAUAACAGUCUAACAGGGAGCAGUGAUUCAGUUGUAGACAGCCCACAGCUCUCCCCAUUCACCUCCAAGGGUCCCCUCUGCCUGUCGCCCUCCUUCCAGACAUCAACCCUCAGCCUGCCAAGCCAGGCUCCAUCACCGCUGCAAAGCCCCAUCCUGAGCGAGGUGGGCAGCAAUGCCAGGCUAGAGGAAGAGGAGGAGGGCAGGAGGAAGCGAUAUCCCACUGACAAGGCCUACUUCAUUGCCAAAGAGAUUCUGACCACAGAACGGACAUACCUUAAGGACUUGGAGGUCAUCACUGUGUGGUUCCGUAGUGCUGUGAUCAAAGAAAACGCCAUGCCCGAGGGCCUGAUGACUCUCCUCUUCUCUAACAUUGACCCCAUCUACGAAUUCCACAGAGGCUUCUUGAAGGAGUUAGACCAGAGGCUGGCUCUCUGGGAGGGACGCUCAAAUGCUCAUGUCAAAGGUGACUAUCAAAGGAUCGGUGAUGUGAUGCUGAAAAACAUGUGUGCCCUUAAGGAAUUCACCAGCUAUCUGCAGAAGCAUGAUGAGGUGUUAACAGAACUGGAGAAAGCCUCCAAGAGGCUAAAAAAGCUGGAGACGGUAUACAAAGAGUUUGAACUGCAAAAGGUGUGCUACCUGCCCCUCAACACAUUUCUGCUCAAACCCAUCCAGCGCCUCAUGCACUACAAGCUCAUUCUAGAGAGACUAUGCAAGCAUUAUUCCCCUGGUCACCGUGAUUAUUACGACUGCAAGGAGGCUCUGAAGGAAGUGGCAGACAUAGCCACGCAGCUUCAGAGCAGUCUUAUUCGGCUAGAGAACUUCCAGAAGCUAACUGAGCUGCAGAGAGACUUGAUUGGGAUUGAGAACUUAACAGCACCAGGCCGGGAGUUCAUCCGAGAGGGAUGUCUGUACAAGCUCACCAAGAAGGGGCUUCAGCAAAGAAUGUUUUUCCUGUUCUCAGACAUGCUCCUCUACACAAGCAAAGGUGUUACAGCAACCAAUCAGUUCAAAGUACAUGGACAGCUGCCCCUUCAUGGCAUGAUACUCAUAGUGCUGGACGCUCCGGUCGAAGAAAGUGAAAAUGAAUGGUCGGUCCCACAUUGUUUCACAAUUUAUUCUGCUCAGAGGACCAUUGUGGUGGCCGCCAGCUCGAAAGUGGAGAUGGGGAAGUGGAUUGAAGACCUGAACAUGGCUAUUGACAUGGCCAAGAAGUCUCAGGAGAAGUCCAGUUUCUUGCUCGACCGUGGCUCGAGUGAUCACUCCAACCGAUCAUCAGAUGAGGUUUCUUUGGAACAGGAGUCGGAGGAUGAUAUGAACUCCUCUCGCACUUCACUGGACAAGCAGACGCAUCACCGUGCCAACACAACCAUGCAUGUGUGCUGGCACCGCAACACCAGUGUUUCUAUGUCUGAUCACAGCCUGGCUGUGGAGAAUCAGCUAUCAGGGUACCUCCUGAGGAAAUUCAAGAACAGCAAUGGCUGGCAGAAACUCUGGGUUGUUUUCACCAACUUCUGCUUGUUCUUCUACAAAACUCACCAGGAUGACUUCCCGCUGGCUAGUCUCCCACUCCUUGGCUACACGGUCAGCACCCCCGAGGAAUCGGACAGCAUCCAUAAGGAGUACGUCUUCAAGCUUCAGUUCAAGUCCCACGUGUACUUUUUCAGGGCAGAAAGCGAGUACACCUUUGAAAGAUGGAUGGAGGUGAUCAAGAGUGCUGCCAGCACUACAGGACGGAUCAGCCUGCUCAUACCUAAAGGUGUUCCCAUGGAGAUCAAUGGAAACUGAAAGGAGCAUUACAAACCCUGAGGCUGGGCCUCUCGGUUCUAAGUGAAGUGAGGACUUGAGUAAAAACAGCUGGGGAUUGAAUGGUACUGCCACUUGAAUGGUUAACAUUUCACUGCUUUGUUCUAAUUUGGGAUUUUUUUUUUCCUUCUAUGGUGGCAUAAAUGAUUAAAUGAACAUUUAUUUCAGUGUAAGGGAUUUAACGAAAGGGAGAUGUGUUCAUUAUUUUCAGUUUGUUUUUUGCAUGUGUAGUUUUCAGAUGGGUUGUUUGCAUACACAGAUGGGACCAACUACAACUCAAAGGGCUUAAAUCCAGGCUUCUUGAAGGACUUGAGCACAGUGCAACUAAUGCGUUAGUGCGUAUAUUACUGUGAUACAGAUGGACUACAGAAUGUCGAACAUGAAGGUACAACCAGUAUGUGCUCUGCUCAUUGUUGUUAAAUGGAGUUAAGAGAUGUGUUUGUACGACGGAGGUGAACAGAAAUCCAGAAAUUAAAGUUGGGAGAUUAUAUGGAAUUUAUGCUGCUGUCCAGACAAGUGCUUCAGAGUUUGUUUGUUUUUGUGUGUGUGUGU